UAGCAGAUCUCCCAAAGGUAAGUUCAUUAUCUGUUACUAAUGAAAUUGAGUUGGAGAUAGGAGUCUACAAAUUUGUGUUUUGUCUUAAGUUGGUGGGCCAAGCCAUGGUCGACAACCAUUCAUAAGUGACAAAGUGCAAUCUGAUGAGGAUGUGGAAGCAGCAAUUGCAGUUUUGAGACACUCUGCUGAUGAAGACACUAUCCGUGAGAAGAUGAAAACUACCUUCAUUUAUCGCCAAGCAAUGGUCAAUGAUAAAAGUAAAGCAGCAGAUGUCUUCUUGGUCUUUCCACGGUUUCUGGACACCAGGACUGAUAGAACAAGAUUUCAGACUCCUGUUUGGUGAGGCCACAGCCAACACAUUUUUGGAGAGGUGGCCAACCACUUUCAGAGCAAGAGUCAUAAAAGAAAGCCAUGGACUGGUGCCUACCACAGAGCUCUUGGAUUUAAUGCGCAAUGCUGAGUCAACCGCUGAAGUUGAGAACGGGUGGGACAGUGACAUGUCUGCGAUUUUGCUGCUGCUACAUCUGCUACCACCAUCUGCGCAAGGUCGAAAAAGGCCAGGAAAGAUAUCUGCAUCUCAAGCUGUAGAUCAGCUCAUCAAAUUUCAAAAAGUAUACGAAACAGUUGUUGAAAAUACUUUCCAUCACAUUAAUGUCAUUCACAACAAAACCGGCUACAUCAUCAGAUUUGGAUUAGCAUCGUUCUUCAAAAAACAGCUUGUUGAUGGCAUCAACAAGGCUGGGCCAUUCGUGUUGAUGUUUGCUCAUGUAACAGGAUUCCCCAUACCAGUUGCUCCUGUCCCGGGUGCCACAGUCCCUGCCGUCAUCCCCAGUGAAUCAGGCAGUUCAAGCGCCGCAACUUCCCCAGCCACUGGUUCUGCAGUCCCUGACACCGCUCGUGCUGCAAUACCGGCCUUAUCCCCUGACUAUGUCCUUCAUGCCCCGGUUGAGGAGGUGCAUUGUGGUCUCUUCAACCCCCACAAGGCUCCCAGUCGCCCGCCAGAACAUUUGCCUUAG